UGAAGAACCAAUCAUAUGAUGAUGACCUCAUUGUUGCCAAUGCUAUGGAGUUAGGCGUCGACCUAGUCAUGCGUAAUUUCGCCUUUUCGCGUCAUAAUAUCUACUAUCCAAUCUGAAUUCCUAAAUAAUUGACCAAUCAGUGACUAGAUCACGACCUGGAUUAAACGAACACUAUGAUGCAAGGACAAUUCGAUUUAGAUCUCUCCCCCUAGGUGUCUGAAUACAAGCAAAAGCAAAAAUGACUUCAACAAAUAAAUACACACAGUACAAAAUAUUGUUUAUGUCCUAAUAUUAUUUGAAGCGCGAUUAAACAUCUAUCCACCUGGCAAUGGGACACUUGCUUUUUGAAAUGACACAAUUAUCGACCAUGACUGCAACUGACUGAAAUGAUGGUUUUUUAAAAACUCAUUCCUAUCUAAACUAGGUUAACAGUGUUUAUUCAAUGGCCUAGUUUGUGGAUCAGUAUAACCACGAGGAAUUAGAUAGUAAAUAUUCAGUGUACUAAUGAAAAGUCAUGUAAAGCGCCUGGAAAUCUAAAUAAUCUUAGAAGCAUGUUCCUUUUACGGAUUGCAGAAGCUCUUGUAACAAGUGAAGAGUCUCAUAUGGCAUUGUCAAAUGCUUCUGAAAAUGAAAUUGCUGAAUGCACACAAAAUGUUCAUAAGUUUUCGGAAGAACAAUCUUCAGAAGAUAACAGAUCAUUAUCUUCACCACACAUCCCCGAUUCUACUUUAAGUAAUCAACCGGUGUUUGAAGGAAGUGAAAAGCUAUCCAGAAUUCGCUUGAGUUCUUCAGGUGAUUCUUCUAUACCUAGUCCAAUGUCUUUUUCUACGAAAUUUAUUCCGUCGAAAAAUUCAGAAAUUAACCCUUAUCCAUCUGCUUCAUUGAACCCGGUAAAUGGUAAUAGCAUCCAUCCUUCUAAGCAGGUACAUCAGGGAUUAUUAUAUAAUUUGCUCAUUUCCAAAGAAACUUCAUCACAAAAUUCUACGUCUAAAACAUCGGUCUCUACUUCUCCCGGUCAGUCAUUAAUGGAAACUAAUGAAGAUAUGAGUGAUGUACGAACAGAUAAGCCACUUUCUGAUUCAACAGCGUUCAUGACUUCUCAUCAUGCAGAUACAAACAAUUAUCCUACCUCAAUUAAAAGUUCCACAGUUUAUUCUAAUUUUCGUCAUCGAGCAAACUCUCUUGGUUGCAAACUUUCCAAUAACCGCCCAUAUACUCGACCUCAUGCUUCAUCUUUUGGUGCCACUUCUGAUGUUUAUCCUAGCCUCAAAGCACGUUUACAACAUCGUCGUCAAAUGGAAGGAUCAACACCAGAUUCAGUCUUUUCAAAACCAAAAUAUACAUUAUAUCAUCGAGCACUGUCAAAGUCACACGAAAAUGCAAUGAACGUCUCACACAUUGACACUCGUUCGCACAGUUUAAGCGCUAUCUUACCUCAUAAAUCUAGUUUAUCCUCAUCCGGUGUAUCUAGUCCCCGUGUUCCACCCCAAAGUUCUCCAGCUUAUCCCAGAAUGAUGGCUCCCUCUCCCACUAUCAAUUCUCAGAGUUCAGGAUUUAGCUCAGCUGGCCUACAAAAAUCUCCUCAAACCUCUUCACUUUCAAACGAUUCAGGAUCUGAUGAGCCAAUCGAUCUCACUGGCUACUCUGUACCCAUAUCAAUAAUAACAAAUACAUUUUCUUUACCUACUAUUACUCCCGGUGUUAAUAAUAUUCAAAAUGGGAAUUUUCCUUAUGUACAGUUGGCUAAGAAAACUGCUCGUCCGGUGCAAGCACGAAUUACCGAGUGGUUACGGCAGAUUACUGAGUUUGUGGCCCUGUCUACACCUCUUGUUUCUACUUUGAAACCUAGAUUAUGGACUCUUAAUGAUUUGUCUAAACAAGUACAUCAUUUGAAUAACAAGAAUGUUGCUUUUCCUUGGUUAUCAUUACUUGCACAAUGCUGGCAAAAACUGUUAGCCUUAAGCAUGGUUGAGAAUUCUUUAGAUGUUGUUGUUGUUGAAGAUAAAUCACCAUAUGAAGAAAACCAUGAAUACCAGGAUCCUGUAAACUUGGAAAUUCCAUGGUCUCUGCUUCUAGAUAUACAAAGAUAUGGUGAAACGAAAAACAGACGGCCAGAUCGGAAGUUUUCUAAUGAACUCCUUCAAUUUUUAUCAGAAAUACGUCAAGCUGGUCUGAGUGCUCAGGAGUUUUAUUUAUUACGUCACGUAGUUCUUCUAACUGUUGAUGAACCGGAUACCUUGCCUACUUUGGGUUUAAAUGUCAUACGUGCUUCAAGAUGCAUGAACAAUAGUAAUAAUAGCAAUGGUAAAAUGGAUCAGUCGAAUUCUGUUGCUAAUUUAUUAAAAGAUGGAACUGAGGCUUCUAUACUUCCAUCAAAAGGUGAACCGCCGACAGUGACCUUUGAUUUGGCAUGUUUAGCUUGUGGACUAAAAGCUCUUCGAUCAAUGUGUCCUUAUCGAAUUGCGAGUUUAUUCUGCAGUCAUUUACGAAAUAGUUCAAUAUUGAAUCAAACAUUUAUACUUGAAAUGCAUAUAAAAUAUUUAUUAGCCCUUAAGGACCUGCAAACGUUGUCUUCUUCGCAAAUCACCGCUGAGGUUGUUAGUAAUGGAAUUAAUAACAAUAAUAAUGGCAGUAUCAACACUAAUGGUACUAGCAACAGUAAAAACAAUGUUAACACUAAUAAUAAGCAUUCUAUGCUUCAAAAAAUACAAGUAAAUAAAAAAAGUAUUUUGGAACAAUUGUUUGAUAGUGCUUGAAAAUAAACAUCACAAUUUGUAAACAAUUGUGUGUUAUAGUACUAGUCCUUUAUCUCCUAAUAAACAAUAGCACUGAAACUUAAAUAUUGAAGACAUUAAAUCAAAACAAUACAAAUCCAAGAAAGAGGAAUAGCGUUGGUAGUGGCAUCACCCUUGUUAAUAGACAAACACUAAGGGAUUGUAAAGAUAGCACUUGAAACAAUAAAAGCAACCUUUUAAGAAAUUAUAUCAACAACAGUAAGAUCUGAAGAGUAUCCAGUUUUCUGCAAUUAGUAGCCGAGUUGUCAUUACUUUGCUUUGUAAAGAAACGAUAGUUCGGCUUGUAUGAUAUAUUACCAAUCAAAAUAAUUUUUAGACCAGCUCCAAACUGUAGAAAACUGGAUACUCUUCAGAUCUUACUGUUGUUGAUAUAAUUUCUUAAAAGGUUGCUUUUAUUGUUUCAAGUGCUAUCUUUACAAUCCCUUAGUGUUUGUCUAUUAACAAGGGUGAUGCCACUACCAACGCUAUUCCUCUUUCUUGGAUCUGUACUGUUUUGAUUUAAUGUUUUCAAUAUUUAUGUUUCAGUGCUAUUGUUUAUUAGGAGAUAAAGGACUAGUACUAUCACACACAAUUGUUUACAAAUUGUGAUGUUUAUUUUCAAGCACUAUCAAACAAUUGUUCCAAAAUACUUUUUUUAUUUACUUGUAUUUUUUGAAGCAUAGAAUGCUUAUUAUUAGUGUUAACAUUGUUUUUACUGUUGUUAACAUCAUUACAGUUUUAAUGAUACUGUCUGUGGUAUAAUAACAUUAGUGAUGAUAUUAUUAUUGUUAAUUUUACUAUUCAUACUACGUUAUGAUGCCUUAUUAUGAAAACAAAUUUUUCAAAUAAUAAAGUUGAUUUAUUCUUUUUUGUUUCA